UUUAAGAGGCUCCUCUGUCCUCCACUCGUUACCUGUAUUAAUGGCACCUGUUUGAACUUGUUAUCAGUAUAAAAGACACCUGUCCACAACCUCAAACAGUCACACUCCAAACUCCACUAUGGCCAAGACCAAAGAGCUGUCAAAGGACACCAGAAACAAAAUUGUAGACCUGCACCAGGCUGGUAAGACUGAAUCUGCAAUAGGUAAGCAGCUUGGUUUGAAGAAAUCAACUGUGGGAGCAAUUAUUAGGAAAUGGAAGACAUACAAGACCACUGAUAAUCUCCCUCGAUCUGGGGCUCCACGCAAGAUCUCACCCCGUGGGGUCAAAAUGAUCACAAGAAUGGUGAGCAAAAAUCCCAGAACCACACGGGGGGACCUAGUGAAUGACCUGCAGAGAGCUGGGACCAAAGUAACAAAGCCUACCAUCAGUAACACACUACGCCGCCAGGGACUCAAAUCCUGCAGUGCCAGACGUGUCCCCCUGCUUAAGCCAGUACAUGUCCAGGCCCGUCUGAAGUUUGCUAGAGUGUAUUUGGAUGAUCCAGAAGAGGAUUGGGAGAAUGUCAUAUGGUCAGAUGAAACCAAAAUAGAACUUUUUGGUAAAAACUCAACUCGUCGUGUUUGGAGGACAAAGAAUGCUGAGUUGCAUCCAAAGAACACCAUACCUACUGUGAAGCAUGGGGGUGGAAAUAUCAUGCUUUGGGGCUGUUUUUCUGCAAAGGGACCAGGACGACUGAUCCGUGUAAAGGAAAGAAUGAAUGGGGCCAUGUAUCGUGAGAUUUUGAGUGAAAACCUCCUUCCAUCAGCAAGGGCAUUGAAGAUGAAACGUGGCUGGGUCUUUCAGCAUGACAAUGAUCCCAAACACACCGCCCGGGCAACGAAGGAGUGGCUUCGUCAGAAGCAUUUCAAGGUCCUGGAGUGGCCUAGCCAGUCUCCAGAUCUCAACCCCAUAGAAAAUCUUUGGAGGGAGUUGAAAGUCCAUGUUGCCCAGCGACAGCCCCAAAACAUCACUGCUCUAGAGGAGAUCUGCAUGGAGGAAUGGGCCAAAAUACCAGCAACAGUGUGUGAAAACCUUGUGAAGACUUACAGAAAACGUUUGACCUGUGUCAUUGCCAACAAAGGGUAUAUAACAAAGUAUUGAGAAACUUUUGUUAUUGACCAAAUACUUAUUUUCCACCAUAAUUUGCAAAUAAAUUCAUUAAAAAUCCUACAAUGUGAUUUUCUGGAUUUUUUUUCUCUCAUUUUGUCUGUCAUAGUUGACGUGUACCUAUGAUGAAAAUUACAGGCCUCUCUCAUCUUUUUAAGUGGGAGAACUUGCACAAUUGGUGGCUGACUAAAUACUUUUUUUCCCCCACUGUAUAUAGAGAGAGAGAGAGAUUUUACCAGAUAUGUUGACUGUGAACACAUUCUCAUUUACAGCAACGACCUGGGGAAUGGUUACAUGGGAGAGGGCCUGGCUUCAUGUGUUUCACACUAUAAAUCUAUUCCUCUACUUACAGUACAUUACCCUGGUCCUAGAUCUGCCAACUCUCACAUAAUCAGAGCUGUUUAGGAUAGACCGGAGAAGACGGGUUCAGCCAAAGCCUGUUCCAACACGUUAGAGAGGUAUGGAGCUACAUCUGGGCCUGACUAUGGAUGUUAUGAAGUUACCGGUUCAGCCAAAGCCUGUUCCAACACGUUAGAGAGGUAUGGAGCUACAUCCGGGCCUGACUAUGGAUGUUAUGAAGUUAUGCUCUGGCUUCAUGUGUUUGUUUCACACUCUAAAUCUACUGCUUUAAAUACUGUACACUACAUCAGGUGAAAUCACUGUGUCAGGCCGUGUCUAAAACGGCACCCUAUUCCCUAUACUAUAUAGUGCACUAGUUAUUGGACCGUAGCAUAUCCUUAUGGGCCCUGGUCUAAAGUGGUGCAUGUACAGUUCUAACCAACACCUGUCCCUUUACCAGACUCAGUUCUAACCCAACACCUGUCCCUUUACCAGACUCAGUUCUAACCAACACCUGUCCCUUUACCAGACUCAGUUCUAACCAACACCUGUCCCUUUACCGGACUCAGUUCUAACCAACACCUGUCCCUUUACCGGACUCAGUUCUAACCAACACCUGUCCCUUUACCGGACUCAGUUCUAACCAACACCUGUCCCUUUACCAGACUCAGUUCUAACCACCACCUGUCCCUUUACCAGACUCAGUUCUAACCACCACCAAAUGGCACCCUAAACCAUGAAAAAACAGCCCCAGACCAUUAUUCCUCCUCCACCAAACUUUACAGUCGGCACUAUGCAUUGGGGCAAAUAGUGUUCUCCUGGCAUCCGCCAAACCCAGAUUCGUCCGUUGGACUGCCAGAUGGUGAAGCGUGAUUCAUCACUCCAGAAAACGUAUUUCCACUGCUCCAGAGUCCAAUGGCGGCGAGCUUUACACCACUCCAGCCGACGCUUGGCAUUGCACAUGGUGAUCUGAGGUUUGUGUGCGGCUGCUCGGCCAUGGAAACCCAUUUCAUGACGAACAGUUCUUGUGCUGACGUUGCUUCCAGAGGCAGUUUGGAACUCAGUAGUGAGUGUUGCAACCGAGGACAGACGAUUUUUAUGCGCUUCUGCACUCGGCGGUCCCGUUCUGUGAGCUUGUGUGGCCUACCACUUCGCGGCUGAUCCGUUGUUGCUCCUAGACGUUUCCACUUCACAAUAACAGCACUUACAGUUGACCGGGGCAGCUCUAGCAGGGCAGAAACGUGACAAACUGACUUGUUGGAAAGGUGGCAUCCUAUGACGGUGCCACAUUGAAAGUCACUGAGCUCUUCAGUACGGGUCAUUCUACUGCCAAUGUUUGUCUAUGGAGAUUGCAUGGCUGUGUGCUCGAUUCUAUACACCUGUCAGCAGUGGGUGUGGCUGAAAUAGCCGAAUCCACUAAUUUGAAGGGGUGUUCACAUACUGUUGUAUAUAUAGUGGAACUACACCAAAUAUUUGGAUGUUUUCCCGCCAACUCUGUCAGAAGAUGACAUCUCUCCCUGUUUGAAAUGGGAGCUGUUAGAAAGAUCAACAUCCAAUACAUUAUUAGUCCAUGGUAUUCCUCCGACUAGGAUGAGAUGAGAGGAAAGGGGCCGGACAUCACUCUCAUUGGGUAACAAUAUCUCCCUACCACUAGACCACCCUCUACAGCUGCAGAAACACGCCAGGCUCUUUUUCCCAUCUCUCCAACCAGACGUCAGGCACUAAGGACGUUGAAGCCUAGUCUGCGUCUGAAAUAGCACCCUAUUUCCUUGGGUUCUGGUCAUAAGUAGUGCACUAUAUAGGGAAAAGGGUGCAAUUUGGGACACCCACCCCCAAGACGUGUACAUUUCUGUCCUAUAUUCUGAUGUCAGGUGCCGUUGCACUCUGCAGACUGGUUAAUGACAAGCUAAAGGGGUAAAGGUGUACCUCUGUUGUUGCAGAGUAGAGAAGUGCACCAAACACAACCAUUGUGUUAACUUAGCUAGUAAUUAGAGAGAAAAACGACCAGCCGCUCUCUCUCUAACUCACAACACUGUCUUUGUGCCUUUUCUUGUCUUUUAAAAGUAACCCGCUCUCUCUCUGAUGCUACAGCUUUCAGCAUUACAGCUUUUCAGACACAAGCCUUCUAAACUUUUCCUCUGUUAGGCAAGGCUUGGUAUCCCCAGGCUUCUCUGAGCGGAGCAUAACAGAGGGCUUGUCUCCCUCUCUCCGUCUGUUUAAAACAUUUAUCUCCUCGGUAGCACAGCGCCUGCAGAGGAGAGUCGAAUGCCCUACAGCUGGCUUGGGAGAGGAAGGAACUAACUUGGCAUUGCACCAUACAGCCAGCCAGCCUGGGUAAUGUACACUGGGUUGUCUCACUACUCGUUCUGCUUUUACUGUGCUUCUGACUAUAGCUAGUCAUUAAGUUACUGGGUCUGUGUUUGAUUGGGUCAGUGAGGGAGGUGUUCUGUGUUUGAUUGGGUCAGUGAGGGAGGUGUUCUGUGUUUGGGGGGGUCAGUGAGGGAGGUGUUCUGUGUUUGGGGGGGUCAGUGAGGGAGGUGUUCUGUGUUUGGGGGGGUCAGUGAGGGAGGUGUUCUGUGUUUGGGGGGGGUUGGGUCAGUGAGGGAGGUGUUCUGUGUUUGAUUGGGUCAGUGAGGGAGGUGUUCUGUGUUUGGGGGGGUCAGUGAGGGAGGUGUUCUGUGUUUGGGGGGGUCAGUGAGGGAGGUGUUUCUGUGUUUGGGGGGGUCAGUGAGGGAGGUGUUCUGUGUUUGGGGGGGGGUCAGUGAGGGAGGUGUUCUGUGUUUGGGGGGGUCAGUGAGGGAGGUGUUCUGUGUUUGGGGGGGGUCAGUGAGGGAGGUGUUCUGUGUUUGGGGGGGGGGGGGGGGGGGGGGGGGGUUGCCUGAUGAUUCAUGGACUGUUUUCAUGUCCAUUAAGAGUAUCAACUCUUACUGCCAUGUUAGUAAAACAGCUUUAAAAGUGUUGACUUGUUGUUUAUUUGAGUUAGAAGCUAAUGGUUCAUCUGAGACCUCCAUUUCCUAUAUCCCCUUCUGACGUCAACAGAUGCAUUCCUAGUCCUAACUGUCAGCAUUAAAUCCUAUCACACUAUUCAGUAAGACUUGAAACCACCCUAUCUUUAGUUAAGAUGGUUAACUGACAGCUUUGAAAAGCACAGAAAACUCCAGAGCCAAACUGUGUCGACUUCAUUAUUAGUCUAAAAAUGGUUUCAUUCAGUGUCUCAUUCUCUCCUGUAGGUUAUUUUUAGUUUAAUAAGCUAUUUUUCUCUCCCCCUCCCUCCCUCCCUCCCUCUUUCUCCCCCUCCCUCCCUCUCCCCCCUUCUCCCCCUCCCCCCCCCCCCCCCUCCCCCCCCCCCCCCCCUCCCUCCCUCCCCCCCUUCUCCCCCUCCCUUUCCCUUCUCCCCCCUCCCUUCCCCCCCCCCCUUCUCCCUGUCUCUCUCCCUCCCCCUCCCCGUCUCUCUCCAUCCCUCUCCUCUUCUGUUUGUAUCGAGUUCCUCCAUGUGAGCCUAGUCAUCCAGAGGGUCACUUUAAUCACAAUGUUUUCCACUAUUUUUUCUUCCCCCCCUCUCUCCUUCUCGCUCCCUCUUCCCUCUCUCUCCUCCCCUCCUCUCUCCUCCCUCCUCUCUCCUUCUUGCUCCCUCUCUUCCCUCUCUCUCCUCCCCUCCCCUUCCUUCUCUCCUCCCCCUCCUCUCCUCUCUCCUUCUCCCCUCUCCUCCUCUCUCCCCCCUCUCCUCCCCUAUUCCCUUUAUAGUGUACCCUAUUCCCUUUAUAGUGCACCCUAUUCCCUUUAUAGUGUACCCUAUUCCCUUUAUAGUGUACCCUAUUCCCUUUAUAGUGUACCCUAUUCCCUUUAUAGUGCACCCUAUUCCCUUUAUAGUGCACCCUAUUCCCUUUAUAGUGUACCCUAUUCCCUUUAUAGUGUACCCUAUUCCCUUCACAAGCAUUUCGUUACACCCGCAAUAACAUCUGCUAAAUAUGUGUAUGUGACCAAUAAAAUUUGAUUUGACUUGAUUUAUAGUGCACCCUAAGGCCAGAACAGACUAUGGGGAACACAAAGUACUACAUAGAGCCAUGACUGCAUGGAACAUAGAGCCAUGACUGCAUGGAACAUAGAGCCAUGACUACAUGGAACAUAGAGCCAUGACUGCAUGGAACAUAGAGCCAUGACUACACGGAACAUAGAGCCAUGACUACACGGAACAUAGAGCCAUGACUACAUGGAACAUAGAGCCAUGACUACAUGGAACAUAGAGCCAUGACUACAUGGAACAUAGAGCCAUGACUACAUGGAACAUAGAGCCAUGACUGCAUGGAACAUAGAGCCAUGACUACAUGGAACAUAGAGCCAUGACUACAUGGAACAUAGAGCCAUGACUACAUGGAACAUAGAGCCAUGACUACAUGUAACAUAGAGCCAUGACUACAUGGAACAUAGAGCCAUGACUGCAUGGAACAUAGAGCCAUGACUACAUGGAACAUAGAGCCAUGACUUCAUGGAACAUAGAGCCAUGACUGCAUGGAACAUAGAGCCAUGACUACAUGGAACAUAGAGCCAUGACUACAUGGAACAUAGAGCCAUGACUACAUGGAACAUAGAGCCAUGACUACAUGGAACAUAGAGCCAUGACUACAUGGAACAUAGAGCCAUGACUACAUGGAACAUAGAGCCAUGACUACAUGGAACAUAGAGCCAUGACUGCAUGGAACAUAGAGCCAUGACUGCAUGGAACAUAGAGCCAUGACUGCAUGGAACAUAGAGCCAUGACUUCAUGGAACAUAGAGCCAUGACUACAUGGAACAUAGAGCCAUGACUGCAUGGAACAUAGAGCCAUGACUGCAUGGAACAUAGAGCCAUGACUACAUGGAACAUAGAGCCAUGACUACAUGGAACAUAGAGCCAUGACUGCAUGGAACAUAGAGCCAUGACUACAUGGAACAUAGAGCCAUGACUGCAUGGAACAUAGAGCCAUGACUUCAUGGAACAUAGAGCCAUGACUACAUGGAACAUAGAGCCAUGACUGCAUGGAACAUAGAGCCAUGACUACAUGGAACAUAGAGCCAUGACUACACGGAACAUAGAGCCAUGACUACACGGAACAUAGAGCCAUGACUACACGGAACAUAGAGCCAUGACUGCACGGAACAUAGAGCCAUGACUGCACGGAACAUAGAGCCAUGACUACACGGAACAUAGAGCCAUGACUGCAUGGAACAUAGAGCCAUGACUGCAUGGAACAUAGAGCCAUGACUACAUGGAACAUAGAGCCAUGACUACAUGGAACAUAGAGCCAUGACUACAUGGAACAUAGAGCCAUGACUACAUGGAACAUAGAGCCAUGACUGCAUGGAACAUAGAGCCAUGACUGCAUGGAACAUAGAGCCAUGACUACAUGGAACAUAGAGCCAUGACUUCAUGGAACAUAGAGCCAUGACUACAUGGAACAUAGAGCCAUGACUGCAUGGAACAUAGAGCCAUGACUGCAUGGAACAUAGAGCCAUGACUACAUGGAACAUAGAGCCAUGACUACAUGGAACAUAGAGCCAUGACUGCAUGGAACAUAGAGCCAUGACUACAUGGAACAUAGAGCCAUGACUGCAUGGAACAUAGAGCCAUGACUUCAUGGAACAUAGAGCCAUGACUACAUGGAACAUAGAGCCAUGACUGCAUGGAACAUAGAGCCAUGACUACAUGGAACAUAGAGCCAUGACUACACGGAACAUAGAGCCAUGACUACACGGAACAUAGAGCCAUGACUGCACGGAACAUAGAGCCAUGACUACACGGAACAUAGAGCCAUGACUACACGGAACAUAGAGCCAUGACUGCAUGGAACAUAGAGCCAUGACUGCAUGGAACAUAGAGCCAUGACUGCAUGGAACAUAGAGCCAUGACUACAUGGAACAUAGAGCCAUGACUGCAUGGAACAUAGAGCCAUGACUGCAUGGAACAUAGAGCCAUGACUACAUGGAACAUAGAGCCAUGACUACAUGGAACAUUCUUCCAAAUCAAGUAACUCAGGCAGGCAGUAAAGUAGGUAUUUAAAAAACAGAAAAUGACACCUUAUGGAACAGCAUGGACUGUGAAGACAGACACACACUCUAUACACAAGUUCAUAUGGCUUUUGUGUUGUAGUAAUGUGUAGUAAUGUGUAGGGAAGUGGAAUGUUUUAACUCUAUGUAAACCCCAGGAAGAGUAUCUGCUGCCUUGGCAGGAACUAAUGGGGAUCCAUAAUAAACCCCAGGAAGAGUAUCUGCUGCCUUGGCAGGAACUAAUGGGGAUCCAUAAUAAACUCCAGGAAGAGUAGCUGCUGCCUUGGCAGGAACUAAUGGGGAUCCAUAAUAAACCCCAGGAAGAGUAGCUGCUGCCUUGGCAGGAACUAAUGGGGAUCCAUAAUAAACCCCAGGAAGAAUAGCUGCUGCCUUGGCAGGAACUAAUGGGGAUCCAUAAUAAACCCCAGGAAGAGUAGCUGCUGCCUCGGCAGGAACUAAUGGGGAUCCAUAAUAAGCCCCAGGAAGAGUAGCUGCUGCCUUGGCAGGAACUAAUGGGGAUCCAUAAUAAACCACAGGAAGAGUAGCUGCUGCCUUGGCAGGAACUAAUGGGGAUAAAAUGUUUUCCCAUGAUUUGGUUGGGUCUAAUUGUGUUGCUGUCCUGGGGCUUUGUGGGGUCUGUAUGUGUUUGUGAACAGAGCCCCAGAACCAGAUGGCUUAGGGGACUCUUCUCCAGGUUCAUCUCUCUGUAGGUGAUGGCUUUGUUAUGGAAGGUUUGGGAAUCGCUUCCUUUUAGGUGGUUGUAGAAUUUAACGUUUUAUUUUCUGGAUUUUGAUAAUUAGCGGGUAUCGGCCUAAUUCUGCUCGGCAUGCAUUAUUUGGUGUUUUACGUUGUACACUAAGGAUAUUUUUGCAGAAUUCUACAUGCAGAGUCUCAAUUUGGUGUUUGUCCCAUUUUGUGAAUUCUUGGUUGGGGAGCGGACCCCAGACCUCACAACCAUAAAGGGCAAUGGGUUCUAUAACUGAUUCAAGUAUUUUUUGACAGAUCCUAAUUGGUAUGUCAAAUUUUAUGUUCCUUUUGAUGGCAUAGAAGGCCCUUCUUGCCUUGUCUCUCAGAUCGUUCACAGCUUUGUGGAAGUUACCUCUGGCGCUGAUGUUUAGGCCGAGGUAUGUAUCGUUUUUUGUGUGCUCUAGGGCAACGGUGUCUAGAUGGAAUUUGUAUUUGUGGUCCUGGCAACUGGACCUUUUUUGGAACACCAUUAUUUUUGUCUUACUGAGAUUUACUAUCAGGGCCCAGGUCUGACAGAAUCUGUGCAUAAGAUCUAGGUGCUGCUGUAGGCCCUCCUUGGUUGGGGACAGAAGCACCAGAUCAUCAGCAAACAGUAGACAUUUGACUUCAGAUUCUAGUAGGGUGAGGCCGGGUGCUGCAGACUGUUCUAGUGCCCUCGUUGCUGUUGACGCAUAUCCCACGGUAGUUAUUGGGGUCAAAUUUGUCUCUGCUUUUGUGGAUUGGGGUGAUCAGUCCUUGAUUCCAAAUAUUGGGGAAGAUGCCAGAGCUGAGGAUGAUGUUAAAGAGUUUAAGUAUAGCCAAUUGGAAUUUGUGGUCUGUAUAUUUUAUCAUUUCAUUGAGGAUACCAUCAACACCACAGGCCUUUUUGGGUUGGAGGGUUUGUAUUUUGUCCUGUAGUUCAUUCAAUGUAAUUGGAGAAUCCAGUGGUUUCCGGUAGUCUUUAAUAGUUGAUUCUAAUAUAUUUAUUUGAUCAUGUAUAUUUAUUUUGCUGUUUGUUCUUUGUUAUAGGGCCAAAAAGAUUUGAGAAGUCGUUUAUCCACACAUCUCCGUUUUGGAUAGAUAGCUCUUCGUGUUGUUUGUUUGUUUAGUGUUUUCCAAUUUUGCCAGAAGUGGUUAGAGUCUAUGGAUUCUUCAAUUACGUUGAGCUGAUUUCUGACAUGCUGUUCCUUCUUUUUCCGUAGUGUAUUUCUGUAUUGUUUUAGUGAUUCACCAUAGUGAAGGCGUAGGCUCAGGUUUUCUGGGUCUCUAUGUUUUUGGUUGGAUUGGUUUCUCAAUUUCUUUCUUAGGUUUUUGCAUUCUUCAUCAAACCACUUGUCAAUGUUGUUAAUUUUCUUAGGUUGUCUGCUUGAAAUGUUUAGAUUUGACAGGGAAGCUGAAAGGUCAAAUAUACUGUUUAGGCUUUCUACUGCCAAGUUUACACCUUCACUAUUACAGUGAAAUGUUUUGUCCAGGAAGUUGUCUAAAAGAGAUUGGAUUUGUUGUUGCCUAAUUGUUUUUUCUGGUAGGUUUCUCCACUACUUUCCUUCCAUCUAUAGCAUUUCUUAAUAUUGUGCAGUUCCUUUGGCUUUGAUGCCUCAUGAUUGAGUAUUGCUCUGUUCAAGUAGACUGUGAUUUUGCUGUGGUCUGAUAGGGGUGUCAGUGGGCUGACUGUGAACGCUCUGAGAGACUCUGGGUUGAGGUCAGUGAUAAAGUAGUCUACAGUACUACUGCCAAGGAAUGAGCUAUAGGUGUACCUACCAUAGGAGUCCCCUCGAAGCCUACCAUUGACUAUGUACAGACCCAGUGUGCGACACAACUGCAGGAGUUGUGACCCAUUUUUGUUGGUUAUGUUGUCGUAGUUGUGUCUAGGGGGGCAUAUGGGGGAGGGAAUGCUGUCACCUCCAGGUAGGUGUUUGUCCCCCUGUGUGCUGAGGCUGUCAGGUUCUUGUCCAGUUCUGGCAUUUAGGUCGCCACAGACUUGUACAUGUCCCUGGGUCUGGAAAUGAUUGAUUUCCCCCUCCAGGAUGGAGAAGCUGUCUUCGUUAAAGUAUGGGGAUUCUAGUGGAGGGAUAUAGGUAGCACACAGGAGGACAUUUUUCUCUGUUGAGAUGAAUUUCUAGCCAGAUGUCAAAUGUUCCUGUUUUGACUAAUUUAAUAGAGUGGGUUAGGUCUGCUCUAUACCAAAUUAGCAUACCCCCUGAGUCCCUUCCCUGUUUCACACCUGGUAGUUUGGUGGAUGGGACUACCAGCUCUCUGUAACCUAGAGGGCAACCAGUGGGUCCAUCUCCUCUAUACCAUGUUUCUUGUAGGAUGACAAUGUCUGUAUUUCUGAUUUAUUUGGUGAAGUCCAGGUUCCUGCUCUUUAGGCCAAAGGCAGAUGACCUCAGACCUUGUAUAUUCCAGGAUGAGAUAGUGACUGGCUGCCUGAGGCCCAGUACAGAGUCUCUCUCUCUCGCUGUCUCUCUCUCGCUGUCUCUCUCUCGCUGUCUCUCUCUCGCUGUCUCCUCUCUCUCUCUCUCUCUCUCUCUCUCUCUCUCUCUCUCUCUCUCUCUCUCUCUCUCUCUCUCUCUCUCUCUCUCUCUCUCUCUCUCUCUCUCUCUCUCUCUCUCUCUCUCUCAGUGAAGACAUCCUUCAGCAUGUUCACACAUUUCCAGCUACACACACACACACCACCAAUCUGCAGGAUGGUCAUAGAAGAAGGUUGAGGAAAGAGUUGAGAUAUUCCAGAAUCUGUUUCCAAUAGAAAGUAGUUUCCUACCUGGAGUCCGGAGUAAAUAAAGCCCAACCCUCAACAGGAUUCUCUCUGCCUCAAAGUUACACGUGAAUCAGCUGACUCCAUACUGUACACUGCUUGUUCAAGGAAUACUGUUUUCUCUAGCAGCUGUUUUCUAAAUAUCCUGUAUUAGUGAUGUUGGAGGUGGAUCCUGUAUUAGUGAUGUUGUCUGGGUGACAGGAUGGAUGUAGAUCCUGUAUUAACAGCUGUUUUCUAGGUGACAGGAUGGAUGUAGAUCCUGUAUUAACAGCUGUUGUCUAGGUGACAGGAUGGAUGUAGAUCCUGUAUUAACAGCUGUUGUCUGGGUGAGCCUGCCGUUGUCUUUGUCAAUCAACACACUUACCAUUAUUCAGUCUGAAUCCUAAAUGUGCUGCAUCACAUAUUUAAAGGAGUCUCUCUUUACAAAGCUCUGAAAGGUGAGCAUUACAGAAUUACAGCCCUGGUGACAGGGAGAGAGAGAGAAUGGUUUGUGCCCGGCCUAAUCUGUCUGCUGUCUGCCUGGGACUAUCGACCAGAGGCGUGUUAUUAUUGCGCCAGAGCAUGUGGAAAGUACAUAUUAUGGAGUGUAUCCCAAAUGGCACCCUAUUCCCUAUAUAGUGCACUACUUUUGACCAGGGCCCUGCUACAUGCUAUAUAGAGACCCAGGUCAAAAGUAAUGCAGUAUAUAGGGUGCCACUUGGAACGCCGUGUGUCACAGCUCUCUAUAUCAAGGGCUUUACCAGCAUCUAAACCUCCUCUUUGUCUUGUUCUCCUGUCCAGCUAUGGAGCGUUGGGUUCUCUUCUCUCUGUCUCUCCUGGUCUACCUGUAUCUGGAGGUGGCUGUAGCUGGGGCCCAGGACCAGAGAGGGCUGGCUGGCCAGGGUCGGGGCCACGGGAGGAGGAGAGGACCAGGGGGCCCAGAGCACAACCAGCCCCAGGGAGGAGGGCUAGGACGGGGAAAGAGGCGGAAGGCAGGAGAGCCAGGGAAAGGGAGAGCCAGGGGGAACAGGGAUGAUCAGCGAUCAAAACCCCCCCUGGGUCUGACGAGGCUGGGGAGUCUUCCACCCAACGCAGGAGGAGACGGACGGUCUAUUUUCAUUGUGUCGUACAAGAGUGUUGACGAGAGACAGUCUAACUACAAUGUUAUCCCAGGUUAGUCCACCACCACGCCUCUCUCUCCAUCCCUCUCUCUCCCUCUCUCUCUCUCUCUCCAUUCCUCUCUCCCCCUCUCUGCUGUACCAGAUGUUUGUUGAAGUUACGCACAAUGCUCACAGUCCUUUUAUUUCCUAUAUAAUCAAACAAUGAAUGAAGCAGUUUGAUUAGGGUUGGUGUAUUUGUCCAGUUACAGAACUGAAACAGGCAGCAGAUGUCUUCAACAACAGGGAACAGUGUACUGUACUAGCUAGCCUAAUAGGGAAUGCACUGAAGAUGUUUCUUGUUUUUAACAUUAGUAGACAUCAGUCAGUGGCUUUACAGGUCAGCUGUAUGAAUGAAUCUAGUCCGAGUGCCAGUCUGCUUGUGCCAUCAUCCCAACUCAUCACUCAUUGUCAUGUUUGAUUUGACAAUGAUAGCAAUGGGGUUGUCAAGUGCUGGCUGUGCCACUAGAGAUCCUGGUUCAAAUCCAGGCUCUGUCGCAGCCGGCCGCGACCGGGAGACUCAUGGGCAGCGCACAAUUGGCCCAGCGUCGUCCAGGGUAGGGGAGGGAAUGGCCGGCAGGGAUGUAGCUCAGUUGAUAGAGCAUGGCGUUUGCAACGUCAGGGUUGUGGGUUUGAUUCCCACGGGGGGCCAGUAUGAUUUUAAAAAAAAUAUAUAUAUAUAUAAUAAAAUAAAAAAAUACAAUAAAAAAAAAGGUAUUCACUAACUGUAAGUCGCUCUGGAUAAGAGUGUCUGCUAAAUGACUAAAAUGUAAAAUGUAAAUGUCAAGAGAACCAACACUUCAAUGGGGUUGUCAAAAAACCAACAGAUCAAUAGAGUUGUCAAGAGAACCAACAGGUCAAUUGAGGUGUGAAGAGAACCAACAGAUUAAUGGAGGUGUCAAGAGAAGCAAUAGAUUAAUGGAGGUGUCAAGAGAACCAACAGAUUAAUGGAGGUGUCAAGAGAACCAACAGACGUGAGACUAAUAUGAAACAGGGCCUACAAUAGAAAGCAUGACCAUGCCAUUUACAAGUUCAGAUUAUCUGGAAAAAAUAACUGCUAAUGCAUUGAUCCCAUGGAACAGAAAAUAGCAGUAUCCUUUCCUCCCAGAGUUCCUUGUUUUACUACCACCACCUAUGAAUUCCAUCCUGGUCAUGUCAUAGUAUGUUUUAGGAUGAUUUUCCUCCUGAUGAUUUUACCUCAGUAUCGGUCUGUCGGUCGGUAUGGUCUGUCGGUCAGUAUGGUCUGUCGGUCAGUAUGGUCUGUCGGUCCGUAUGGUCUGUCGGUCAGUAGGCAGUCUGUCCGUAUGGUCAGUCUGUCCGUAUGGUCUGUCUGUCAGUAUGGUCCGUCGGUCAGUAUGGUCCGUCGGUCAGUAUGGUCCGUCGGUCCGUAUGGUCUGUCGGUCGGUAUGGUCCGUCGGUCGGUAUGGUCCGUCGUCGGUAUGGUCCGUCGGUCCGUAUGGUCCGUCGUCGUGGUCGUCGGUCGUGUCGUCUGUCAGUAUGGUCUGUCGGUCUGUCGGUCAGUACGGUCUGUCGGUCAGUACGGUCUGUCGGUCAGUACGGUCUGUCGGUCAGUACGGUCUGUCGGUCAGUACGGUCUGUCGGUCAGUAUGGUCUGUCGGUCAGUAUGGUCUGUCGGUCAGUAUGGUCUGUCGGUCAGUACGGUCUGUCGGUCAGUACGGUCUGUCGGUCAGUACGGUCUGUCGGUCAGUACGGUCUGUCGGUCAGUAUGGUCUGUCGGUCAGUAUGGUCUGUCGGUCAGUAUGGUCUGUCGGUCAGUAUGGUUGGCUAGCCACUCUACCAGUGGUAUGUUCUUACAGCACAGCAGGGCUAAGCCACAGUCUCACUGACCACAUGGAGACACUGAACUGCAGCGCUGAGUGUUCCUAUCAUGACCGUAGAAGAUAUCUUAAAUUCACAGACGUUUUUAACUUUCGCUGGAGGGUGUCCGAAGGACUGCAAUUCCCACUUUUGAACCCAGGCCCAGCCAUACAAAGCAACAGCCCAAAUCACCCAAACUUCCACUGACAGUGUAGCAGCUAGCUAGUACUUCACUGUAGCAUUGCAUGACAGUUAGUUUCAGAUUAUACAGCAUGAUUGCAAUUUUGCAUUGUUUCCCUAAAAACACUUUGCCAAUUAACCAUUUUCACGGAAGGAGAACAAGAAAAUAUUAUGAAUAGAAACAGACAGCAAUUAGAAAUCUUAGCUGAUUCUAUCCUUGGUGAGGAUUGGAGGAAUCACGAUAUCACAUAGCUGGUUAAAGAGGUCUUUAUAGAGACCACACUAAUGAAGCUGUGACUCAGUGGACAACAGGCUGGGUCUGCGGGCCUGGUUUCUGUGUUAUUAUGGUCAGUAGAAAAGGAUUGGGCAGCGAUAUUGAGACCAUAGACUGUGAUUGAGACCAGGAAAUUAUCAAAUUACUGUAUAUGCAAAUCACCAACUCGAUUCCAUUAUUUGUGUCACUCAGGAUGUUUCCAUUGAGGAAGGGAUUGUGUGAACACAUUCUCAGUGUUAGUGAUCAUCACAUGCGAUGCUCUGUAUCACGUUACUGUGGUAAUUCGACAAUAAAUCCAAGGCGCCUAGCUUUAUUCAAGAUUACUUUACACACGAGUAACCCCUAGUCACAUCCAAAUCCAUUGUGGCUCUAACACUCAAGGCGUGGUCCACACAACUACCAACGCCAAUAUCGUGUGUGUGUGGGAGUUAUCCCCCAAAACAUUUUUACAACGUGGUCAAAGCUACUACCAGUAACAACGUUACCGACUUCCUCCUAGUGGACUGUAUUGUUUGGACAGGCCAGUAAUCCUCGGACAGAAAGGUGAUGUAGGAGGAGGGUUCUAUGAAUAAUUUCUCUUGUCUGUUUCUCCCAGUAAGUACAGACGUCCGGACCCUCCUAGACCAGACACACUUAAUAGCUAGCUGUUGUUGGAGCUCCACUUUUACCACCGUCACUCUCUGAUAAAUAUAUAAUGAUAUCAACAUCCUCUGUAGCUCAGCUGGUAGAGCACGGCGCUUGUAACGCCAGGGGUAGUGGGUUCGAUCCCCGGGAACACCCAUACGUAAAAAUGUAUGCGCACAUGACUGUAAGUCGCUUUGGAUAAAAGCGUCUGCUAAAUGGCAUAUUAUUAUUAUUAUUAUUAUUAUAAUAUGACACGGUCACCUGGGAGGUGCCACACACACCAAACACGUCCUCCCCAAGCUGUGCAGUUAUCCUGGGGACACGGCCAUACCUGGAGUCCUGAGAUGGUAGUGCAAUUACAGAAAGUCUCCGUUUUUUACAGCUUGAAAUAGGAACAAAAUCCUAGAAUAAUGAAUCUAGUAACACAUUCAGUAGGUAGGUAGCCCCAGCGGAGGAUAAGGAGUUGGACCUGUAGCUGAAAUGGUGCCUGUUUGAAUCCCGGGCCAGGCGCCGAAAAAAUUUAUGUUUUUGGCUGUUACUAUGGUUUUUGGCUGUUACUAUGGCAACUAGGUUCAGCCGUGGGCCAAUUGUUUCUUAAGCGGAGGGUCAAGGGGCCAGAACAUAAUGAAAACAAUUAUUUGUAGACUGCAAAUUGAUCGGAAGAAGCUCAAACAGAUAUAACAUUUGACAAAAACAUAAUCAUUUAAAACCUUCAUUUCAAACAUUGCUUACAUUUGUCUACGAUCAAAUACAGUGCCUUCAGAAAGUAUUCAUACCCCUUGACUUAUUCAACAUUUUAUUGUGUUACAGCCUGAAUUUUAAAAGGAUAAAAAAAAAAAAAAAAGGUUUUCACCCAUCUACACCACAACACCCCAAAAUGACAAACUGAAAACAUGUUUUUAUAAAUGUUUGCUAAUUUAUUGAAAAUGAAAUCCAGAAAUAUCUAAUUUACUUACUGUAAGUAUUUACACGAGUCAAUACAUGUUAGAUUCACCUUGGGCAGCACUAACAGAAGUGAGUAUUUCUGAGUAAGUCUCUAAGAGCUUUGCACACCUGGAUUGUACAAUAUUUGCACAUUAUUCUUUAAAAAAAUUCUUCAAGUUCUGUAAAGUUGGUUGUUGAUCAUGGCUAGACAACCAUUUUCAAGUCUCAUUUUCAAGCCGAUUUAUGUCAAAACUGCCACUAGGGAACAUUAAAUGUCACCUUGGUAAGCAACUCCAAGGUACAGUGCAUUCGGAAAGUCUCUGCAGAUCCUCUCAAGCUCUGUCAGGUUGGAUGUGGAGCAUCGCUGCACAGCUAUUUUCAGGUCUCUCCAGAGAUGUUCGAUCGGGUUCAAGUCCGGGCUCUGGCUGGGACACUCAAGGACAUUCAGAGACUUGUCCCGAAGCCACUCCUGCGUUGUCUUGGCUGUGUGCUUAGGGUCGUUGUCCUGUUGGGAAGGUGAACCUUCGCCCCAGUCUGAGGUCCUGAGUGCUCUGGAACAGGUUUUCAUCAAGGAUCUCUCAGUACUUUGCUCCAUUCAUCAUUGCCUCAAUCCUGACUAGUCUCCCAGUCCCUGCCGCUGAAAAACAUUCCCACAGCAUGAUGCUGCCACCACCAUGCUUCACCGUAGGGAUGGUGCCAGGUUUCCUCCAGACGUGACGCUUGGCAUUCAGGCCAAAGAGUUCAAUCUUGGUUUCAUCAGACCAGAGAAUCUUGUUUCUCACGUUCUGCGAGUCUUUAGGUGCCUUUUGGCAAACUCCAAGUGGGCUGUCAUGUGCCUUUUACUGAGGAGUGGUUCCGUCUGGCCACUCUACCAUAAAGGCCUGAUUGGUGGAGUGCUGCAGAGAUGGUUGUCCUUCUGGAAGUUUCUCCCAUCUCCACAAAGGAACUCUGGACCUCUGUCAGAGUGACCAUCGGGUUCUUGGUCACCUCCCUGACCAAGGCCCUUCUCCCCCUGAUUGCUCAGUUUGGCUGGGCGGCCAGCUCUACGAAGACUGUUGGUGAUUCCAAUCUUCUUCUAUUUAAGAAUGAUGGAGGCCACUGUGUUCUUGGGGACCUUCAAUGCUGCAGGAAUGUUUUGGUACCCUUCCCCAGAUCUGUGCCUCGACACAAUCCUUUCUCGGAGCUCUACGGACAAUUCCUUCGACCUCAUGGCUUGGUUUUUGCUCUGACAUGCACUGUCAACAGUGGGACCUUAUAUAGACAGGUGUGUGCCUUUCCAAAUCAUGUCCAAUCAAUUGAAUUUACCACAGGUGGACUCCAAUCAAGUUGAAGAAACAUCAAGGAUUAUCAAUGGAAACAGGAUGCACUUGAGCUCAAUUUCGAGUCUCAUACCAAAGGGUCUGAAUACUUAUGUAAAUAAGGUAUCAUUUUCUUUUUUUUUAAAUAUAAAUUUGCAAACAUUUCUAAAAACCUGUUUUUGCAGUGUCAUUAUGUGGUAUUGUGUGUAGAUUGAUGAGGAUUGUUAUUUAGAAUAAGGCUGUAACACAACAAAAUGUGGAAAAAGUCAAGAGGAGUGAAUACUUUCUUAAUGCACUGUAUACACUGAGUGUACAAAACAUUAGGAACACCUGCUCUUUCCAUGACAGAGACUAUCCAGGUGAACUCUUGAUGUCACUUAAAUCCACUUCAAUCAGUGUAGAUGAAGGGGAGGAGACAGGUUAAAUAAGGAUUUUUAAGCCUUGAGACAAUUGAGACAUGGAUUGUGUAUGUGUGCCAUUCAGAGGGUGAAUGGGCAAGGCAACAGAUUUAAGAGCCUUUGAACGGCGUAUGGUAGUAGGUGCCAGGCGCACCGGUUUGUGUCAAGAACUGCAACGCUGCUGGGUUUUUCACGCUCAAAAGUUUCCUGUGUGUAUCAAGAAUGGUCCACCACCUAAAUGCCAUCCAGCCAACAUGACACAACUGUGGGAAGCAUUGGAGUCAACAUGGGCCAGCAUCCCUGUGGAACGCUUUCGACACCUUGUAGAGUCCAUGCCCCAACGAAUUGAGGCUGUUCUGAGGGCAAAGGGGGGAGGGUGCAACUCAAUAUUAGGAAGGUGUUCCUAAUGUUUGGUCUACUCAGUGUAUUUGGCCUUGUGUUCUAGGUUAAUGUUCUGCUGAAAGGUGAAUUCAUCUCCCAGUUUCGGUUGGAAAGCAGACUGAACCAGGUUUUCCUCUAGGAUUUUGCCUGUGCUUAGCUCCAUUCCAUUUAUUUUUAUCAACAACAAAAAAACUCCCUAGUCCUUGCCGAUGACAAGCAUACCCAUUACAUGAUGCAGCCACCACUAUGCUUGAAAAUAUUUAGAGUGUACUCAGUAAUGUGUUGGAUUUGCCCCAACAUAACGCUUUGUAUUCAGGACAUAAAGUUAAUUUCUUUGCCACAUUUUUUGCGGUUUUACUUUAGUGCCUUAUUGCAAACAGGAUGCAUGUUUUCUGUACAGGCUUCCUUCUUUUCACUCUGUCAUUUAGGUUAGUAUUGUCGAGUAACUACAAUGUUGUUGAUCCAGCCUCAUUUUUCUCCUAUCACAGCCAUUAAACUCUGUAAUGGUUAUAAAGCCACCAUUGGCCUUUGGUGAAAUCCUUGAGAGGUUUCCUUCCUCUCCGACAACUGAGUUAGGAAGGACGCCUGUAUGUUUGUAGUGACUGGGUGUAUUGAUACACCAUCCAAAGUGUAAUUAAUAACUUCACCAUGUCCAAAGGGAUAUUCAAUGUCUGCUUUUUUAUUUCUACCCAUCUACCAAUAGGUGCCCUUUUUUGCGAGGCAUUGGAAAACCUCCCUGGUUUCUGUAGUUGAAUCAGUGUUUGAAAUUCACUGCUCGACUGGAGGGACCUUUCAGAUCAUUGUAUGUGUGGGGUACAGAGAUGAGGUAGUCAUUCAAAAAUCAUGUUAAACACUAUUAUUGCACACAGAGUGAGUCCAUGCAACUUAUUAUGUGACUUGUUAAGCAAAUUGUUUUUUAAACUCCUGAACUUAUUUAGACUUGCCAUAAUAAAGGGGUUGAAUACUAAUUUCAGCAUUUUCAUUUUUAAUUAAUUUGUAAAAAUGUCUAAAAACAUAAUUCCACUUUCACAUUAAAGGGUAUUGUGUGUUGGCCAGUGACAAAAUCUCAAUAUAAUCAAUUUUAAAUGUAUGCACUCACUAACUGUAAGUCGCUCUGGAUAAGAGCGUCUGCUAAAUGACAUAAAAUGUAAAAUGUAAAUGUAAACACAACAAAAAUGUGGAAAAAGUCAAGGGCUGUGAAUACUUUCUGAAGGCACUCUCUAUUACGUGUGGGAAUACAUUCAAACAGAUUUCCAAAAUUAAAAUCAAUUGGAGCUGAAUUGCUUGUGUUUUUACAUUUAUGUCAUACAAUAUAUACUUUAUACACUGAACAAAAAAUAUAAACGCAACAUGUGAAAGUGUUGGUCCCAUGUUUCAUGAGCUGAAAUAAAAGAUCCCAGAAAUGUUCCAUACGCACAAAAAAGCUUAUUUCUCUCAAAUGUUGUGCACAAAUUUGUUUACAUCCCUGUUAGUGAGCAUUUCUUCUUUGCCAAGAUAAUCCAUCCACCUGACAGGUGUGGCAUAUCAAGAAGCUGAUUAAACAGCAUGAUCAUUACACAGGUGCACCUUGUGCUGGGGACAUUAAAAGGCCACUCUAAAAUGUACAGUUUUGCCACACAACACAAUGCCACAGAUGUCUCAAGUUUUGAGGGAGCGUGCAAUUGGCAUGCUGACUGCAGGAAUGUCCACCAGAGCUGUUGCCAGAGAAUUUAAUGUUAAUUUCUCUACCAUAAGCCGCCUCCAACAUCAUUUUAGAGAAUUUGGCAGUACAUCCAAACGGCCUCACAACCACAGACCACGUGUAUGGCGUCAUGUGGGCGAGUGGUUUGCUGAUGUCAACGUUGUGAACAGAGUGCCCCAUGGUGGCGGUGGGGUUAUAGCUACGGACAACGAACACAAUUGCAUUUUUUUCGAUGGAAAUUUGAAGGCACAGAGAUACUGUGACGAGAUCCUGAGGCCCAUUGUCGUGCCAUUCAACUGCUGCCUUCACCUCAUGUUUCAGCAUGAUAAUGCAUGGCCCCAUGUCACAAGGAUCUGUACACAAUUUCUGGAAGCUGGAAACGUCCCAGUUCUUCCAUGGCCUGCGUACUCACCAAACAGUCACCCAUUGAGCGUGCUUGGGAUGCUCUGGAUCAUCAUGUACGACAGCGUGUUCCAGUUCCCGCCAAUAUCUAGGCAACUUCACACAGCCAUUGAAGAGGAGUGGGACAACAUUUCCACAGGCCACAAUCAACAGCCUGAUCAACUCUAUGCGAAGGAGAUGUGUCGCGCUGUAUGAGGCAAAUGGUGGUCACACCAGAUACUGACUGGUUUUCUGAUUCACGCCCCUACUUUUUUUUUUUAAGGUAUCUGUGACCGACAGAUGCAUAUCUGUAUUCCUCAGUCAUGUGAAAUCCAUAGAUUACAUUUACAUUUCAGUCAUUUAGCAGACACUCUUAUCCAGAGCGACUUACAGUUAGUGAGUGCAUACAUUUUUCAUACUGGCCCCCCGUGGGAAUCGAACCCACAACCCUGGCGUUGCAAGCGCCAUGCUCUACCAACAGAGCUAUAGGAGGCCUAAUUCAUUUAUUUCCUUAUAUGAACUGUAACUUAUUUGAAAUUGUUGCAUGUUGCGUUUAUAUUUUUUGCAAAUAAAAAUCACCCACGGGCCGCCAGUUGGGAACCCUGUUGUAUAACAUAUAAGUUAGUUUUUCCUCUUUGACUUGGUCAGGCUGGAACUAGGAAAAACUCCAGGCCCAAUCAUUUGAUAUCUCUGAGAUAUGAUCACAGCGUGUAUUUAUUUGUCUCUAUGAUAUGAACCCCUCUGCCAGGUAAGAAGGGUCAAUGUGUGUACCAGGGCAUCACCAUGUUUGAGAAAGCCGUCUGGUCCCCCAAGCAGUGUGUCACCUGUCUGUGUAGUGGAGGGGAGGUGGUCUGUGACCAGAUCAUUUGCAUGGACACAGGUAGCUGAUGUUGUUUAUAUUGUUGUGGUGGUGGUGUAUCACUGAACUGAUCUGAACUAUGGUAGUACUAUCUGAACUGAUCUUAACUAUGGUAGUACUUUCUUAACUGAUCUUAACUAUGGUAGUACUUUCUUAACUGAUCUUAACUAUGGUAGUACUAUCUGAACUGAUCUUAACUAUGGUAGUACUAUCUGAACUGAUCUUAACUAUGGUAGUACUAUCUGAACUGAUCUUAACUAUGGUAGUACUAUCUGGACUGAUCUUAACUAUGGUAGUACUUUCUUAACUAUGGUAGUACUAUCUUAACUGAUCUUAACUAUGGUAGUACUUUCUUAACUAUGGUAGUACUAUCUUAACUGAUCUUAACUAUGGUAGUACUAUCUUAACGGUUCUUAACUAUGGUAGUACUAUCUGAACUGAUCUUAACUAUGGUAGUACUAUCUUAACUGAUCUUAACUAUGGUAGUACUUUCUUAACUGAUCUUAACUAUGGUAGUACUUUCUUAACUAUGGUAGUACUAUCUUAACUGAUCUUAACUAUGGUAGUACUAUCUUAAUGGUUCUUAACUAUGGUAGUACUAUCUGAACUGAUCUUAACUAUGGUAGUACUAUCUUAACUGAUCUUAACUAUGGUAGUACUUUCUUAACUGUUCUUAACUAUGGUAGUACUAUCUUAACUGAUCUUAACUAUGGUAGUACUUUCUUAACUGAUCUUAACUAUGGUAGUACUAUCUGAACUGAUCUUAACUAUGGUAGUACUUUCUUAACUAUGGUAGUACUAUCUUAACUGAUCUUAACUAUGGUAGUACUUUCUUAACUAUGGUAGUACUAUCUUAACUGAUCUUAACUAUGGUAGUACUUUCUUAACUGAUCUUAACUAUGGUAGUACUUUCUUAACUAUGGUAGUACUAUCUUAACUGAUCUUAACUAUGGUAGUACUAUCUUAACUGAUCUUAACUAUGGUAGUACUAUCUUAACGGUUCUUAACUAUGGUAGUACUAUCUGAACUGAUCUUAACUAUGGUAGUACUAUCUUAACUGAUCUUAACUAUGGUAGUACUUUCUUAACUGUUCUUAACUAUGGUAGUACUAUCUUAACUGAUCUUAACUAUGGUAGUACUUUCUUAACUAUGGUAGUACUAUCUUAACUGAUCUUAACUAUGGUAGUACUAUCUUAACUGGUCUUAACUAUGGUAGUACUAUCUUAACUGAUCUUAACUAUGGUAGUACUAUCUGAACUGAUCUUAACUAUGGUAGUACUAUCUUAACUGAUCUUAACUAUGGUAGUACUUUCUUAACUGUUCUUAACUAUGGUAGUACUAUCUUAACUGAUCUUAACUAUGGUAGUACUAUCUUAACUGAUCUUAACUAUGGUAGUACUUUCUUAACUAUGGUAGUACUAUCUUAACUGAUCUUAACUAUGGUAGUACUAUCUUAACUGGUCUUAACUAUGGUAGUACUAUCUUAACUGAUCUUAACUAUGGUAGUACUAUCUGAACUGAUCUUAACUAUGGUAGUACUAUCUUAACUGAUCUUAACUAUGGUAGUACUUUCUUAACUGUUCUUAACUAUGGUAGUACUAUCUUAACUGAUCUUAACUAUGGUAGUACUAUCUUAACUGAUCUUAACUAUGGUAGUACUAUCUGAACUGAUCUUAACUAUGGUAGUACUUUCUUAACUGUUCUUAACUAUGGUAGUACUAUCUUAACUGAUCUUAACUAUGGUAGUACUAUCUUAACUGAUCUUGUCUUAUUCUAACUGAUGUUUCCUCAUAAGGCACAGAUAUACAGUGAUGUAACACUAUAUCUAUAUACCGUUGAAGUAGGAAGUUUACAUCCUCUUAGGUUGGAGUCAUUAAAACUCGUUUUUCAACCACUCCACACAUUUCUUGUUAACAAACUAUAGUUUUGGCAAGUCAGUUUGGACAUCUACUUUGUGCAUGACACAAGUAAUUUUUCCAACAAUUGUUUACAGACAGAUGAUUUCACUUAUAAUUCACUGUAUCACAAUUCCAGUGGGUCAGAAGUUUACAUACAUUAAGUUGACUGUGCCUUCAAACAGCUUGGAAAAUUCCAGAAAAUGAUGUAAUGGCUUUAGAAGCUUCUGAUAGGCUAAUUGACAUAAUUUGAGUCAAUUGGAGGUGUACCUGUGGAUGUAUUUCAAGGCCUACCUUCAAACUCAGUGCCUCUUUGCUUGACAUCAUGGGAAAAUCAAAAGAAAUCAGCCAAGACCUCAGAAAAAUAAUUGUAGACCUCCACAAGUCUGGUUCAUCCUUAGGAGCAAUUUCCAAAUGCCUGAAGGUACCACGUUCAUCUGUACAAACAAUAGUACACAAGUAUAAACACCAUGGGACCAUGCAGCCGUCAUACCGCUCAGGAAGGAGACGCGUUCUGUCUCCUAGAGAUUAACGUACUUUGGUGCGAAAAGUGCAAAUCAAUCCAAGAACAGCAGCAAAGGACCUUGUGAAGAUGCUGGAGGAAACAGGUACAAAAGUAUCUAUAUCGCCAUAACAUGAAAGGCCGCUCAGCAAGGAAGAAGCCACUGCUCCAAAACCGCCAUAAAAAAGCCAGACUACGGUUUGCAACCGCACAUGGGGACAAAGAUUGUACUUUUUUGAGAAAUGUCCUCUGGUCUGAUGAAACAAAAAUUGAACUAUUUGGCCAUAAUGAACAUCGUUAUGUUUGGAGGAAAAAGGGGGACGGCUUGCAAGCCAAAGAACACCAUCCCAACCAUGAAGCACGGGGGUGGUAGCAUCAUGCUGUGGGGGUGCUUUGCUGCAGGAGGGACUGGUGCACUUCACAAAAUAGAUGGCAUCAUGAGGAAGGAAAAUUAUGUGGAUAUAUUGAAGAGUCAUUGUCCAUUUGGAAGACCCAUUUGCGACCAAGCUUUAACUUCCUGACUGAUGUCUUGAGAUGUUGCUUCAAUGUAUCCACAUAACUUUCCUUCCUCAUGAUGCCAUCUAUUUUGUUUAAAGGCACAGUCAACUUAGUGUAUGUAAACUUCUGACCCACUGGAAUUGUGAUACAGUGAAUUAUAAGUGAAAUAAUCUGUCUGUAAACAAUUGUUGGAAUAAUUACUUGUGUCAUGCACAAAGUAGAUGUCCUAACCGACUUGCCAAAACUAUAGUUUGUUAACAAGGAAUUUGUGGAGUGGUUGAAAAACAAGUUUUUAAUUACUCCUGAGUGGCGCAGUGGUCUAAGGCACUGCAUCGCAGUGCUAACUGUGCCACUAGAGAUCCUGGUUCGAAUCCAGGCUCUGUCGCAGCCGGCCGCGACCGGGAGACUCAUGGGCGGCGCACAAUUGGCCCAGCGUCGUCCAGGGUAGGGGAGGGAAUGGCCGGCAGGGAUGUAGCUCAGUUGAUAGAGCAUGGCGUUUGCAACGCCAGGGUUGUGGGUUCGAUUCCCACGGGGGGCCAGUAUAAAAAAAAUAUAUAUAUGUAUUCACUAACUGUAAGUCGCUCUGGAUAAAAGCGUCUGCUAAAUGACGUAAAUGUAAAUGUAACCUUCCGACUUCAACUGUAUAUAGAUAUAUACAGAUCUACAGUGUAACACCGAACUCUGAAAUACUAGUUGAUAACUUUAGAGACUUUCCAUUGGUGGAGCCAUAACAUGAAUAUGCCUCCACCAAUCUAUCCCUCCCUCCUGGAUCUAUCCCUCACUCCAUUCCUCUCCCUCCCUCCAUCUUAUCUCCCUCCCGCUUCCUUCUCUAACACUCUGUGGUUCCGGUUGGCCCGUGGUGACUUCUCUGGCAAUUCCCCAGUACCCAACGACCCCAGCGACCCUGUGAAUCCUGACCUUGACCUCGCCCUUGACCCUGCCGUGCCCCGCUCCCAGGCCGAGAUCGAACUCCUCUUGAAGAGAGAGGAGGAGGAGCACAGGGAGGAGGAGACACGUCUUCUCAAGAAGGACGCCGAGAAAAAGAGGAAGAAGAAACAGAAGAAGGAGGAGGCGGAGAGACAGAGGAGGCUGCAGGAGGAGAGGAGCCGCGAGGAAGAGCGGCUGCGGAUGGAGGAGGAGGAGGAAGAGAGGAGGCAGGAGGAGGAGAGGAGGCAGGAGGACGAGAGGAGGCAAGAGGAAGAGAGGAGGCAGGAGGAAGAGAGGAGGCAGGAGGAAGAGAGGAGGCAGGAGGAAGAGAGGAGGAGACACAAGGAAGACCUGAAGGAGAAACUCAGGGAGCUAGCGGAGGAGGAAGAAGAGGAGGAAAUGGAGCGGCUGUUGAGAGGAGAUGUUUUCCAGAUGUUUCCAGAGGAGUCGACCGAAGAGGACAUCCUUCCACCUCCCCUAGCCGAGCCCACUGAGAAACAAGAGGAGGAUGGAGGAGAGGAGUGGGGAGUGGUGGUACGCAGACCUGGGAACGCCCUCCCGCUAGGUUGUGAUAUCUCUGAUGUCAUUUUGACGUGUGAGAACGCUAAGCUGACCAACUUUCCUCCCCUAAACAUCCCUGAACUCAAGUCUCUGAGUCUGGAAGGUAAGUUCAAGGAAAACUCCAACCAAAAACUAUCAUUUGGUAUUUGUUUCAUUAGUAAAUUGUUGAUACAGUCCCAAGAUGUUUUGCAUGUCAGCAAUCCAGUUUUCAAGAUAUGUAACUUUCAAAGUACAGAAAUACAGCCGGCAUGAUGCAUGUUGCAUCAUAUGAUGCUGUGUUUUACCAGCUGUAUUUCUGUACUUUGAAAGUUACAUAUCUUGAAAACUGGAUUGCUGACAUGCAAAACAUCUUGGGACUGUAUCAACAAUUUACUAAUGAAACAAAUACCAAAUGAUAGUUUUUGGUUGGAGUUUUCCUUUAAGGCAGCUGUGUGUGUGUGUGUGUGUGUGUGUGUGUGUGUGUGUGUGUGUGUGUGUGUGUGUGUGUGUGUGUGUGUGUGUGUUGCAUAAGGUAGCUAACACACCAUCAUGUGUUACAGACACUAGACUAGAAAUUUCAAUCCCAAUCACCCAAAACCAAUCCCUACGCACAGAGACUAAAGUUAACAGGAACUGAAAAUAAUAAAAUACUGAGGAUAGAUGUAUUAGUUUCCUUGUUAAGCUUUAGUUUAGCUUGUUAUACUGCAAUUAUGGAGGCUUUGCAUAAUGAUGGUAUGUAAUAGAGGUAUGCGAGUUGAGCUUUUGGACCAUGUCUUGACUUGCAGGACACGUAGUCAUGGAAAGUACAACAGAGCUAUUCUAAACACAUUUAAUCACGCCGUCACAACUCUGCCAGGCUCUGGCGUCCAGGCUUAAUGAUCAAGAUCAAAAUACUGACCCAGCAUGGAGGAUAUUAAUGUGAUUUUAUUCCUCAUAUUUUAAUGUUUCUGACUUAACCGCCAGGUAACGACAUCACAACCAUCCCAGUGGGAGCAUUCAACGGUAUCCCCAACCUGGAGUGGAUCAACCUGGGCAAGAACAGGCUGAUGGCUGCUGGCAUUGCCCCACAUGCCUUCAAAGUAAGAGUUGUUUUUUUCUGCUGGCAUCGCCCCACAUGCCUUCAAAGUAAGAGUUGUUUUUUUUCUGCUGGCAUCGCCCCACACUCCUUCAAAGUAAGAGUUGUUUUUUUCUGCUGGCAUCGCCGCACACUCCUUCAAAGUAAGAGUUGUUUUUUCUGCUGGCAUCGCCGCACACUCCUUCAAAGUAAGAGUUGUUUUUUCUGCUGGCUUCACCCCACACGCCUUCAAAAUAAGGAGUCUGUUUCCAAUGAGCCUGUCCAACCAAUGAAACAUGAACAGUGUGGGAACAGUGUGGGAGCAGAUAUCCAUCAGUUUAUAUGUGAACAAACAGAAGCAUUUCAACAUGAUGGAGAAAAAAAUAACCAUUUGACUCACUCUCUCUGGUCAAAAUAAAGUCUGCGUUUAAACAGUCAAUGGUGAAAUCCAUCUUGUACAUUUCCCAAAACAAACAGCGGUCUAUCAUCCUAGAGUUAUGACUGCCUUACCUGGUUAAAAUAAAAAUAAAUACAUACACAAAAAAAAAACACUUAGAUGGACAUCAGCAGUAUAGAUAUAUGAUUUAACUUGUCUUAACUUUGAACGAGGCACAACAGACGCCAAAAUCUCACUUCUCCCUGUUUUAAACCAACAUGAACUAACUGUAGCAUGACUCUUGGAGCCAGUCUGCACAAUGAAACGGAGUCUAAACUCUUACGCCGUGCAGGCUUUAAAGGAAUGCUGUUGAGCUAGCUUCAGCCUGCUCUGCCACAAACCUGCACUCGACUUUUAACAAAAACAACAUUCCAUGGCCCUUAGUCAAGAGAAACCUCAGAGGAACAGGGUUAGAGGAACAGGGUUAGAGAAACCUCAGAGGAACAGGGAUAGAGAAACCUCAGAGGAACAGGGUUAGAGAAACCUCAGAGGAACAGGGUUAGAGAAACCCCAGAGGAACAGGGUUAGAGGAACAGGGAUAGAGAAACCUCAGAGGAACAGGGUUAGAGAAACCUCAGAGGAACAGGGUUAGAGGAACAGGGAUAGAGAAACCUCAGAGGAACAGGGUUAGAGAAACCUCAGGGGAACAGGGUUAGAGAAACCUCAGAGGAACAGGGUUAGAGAAACCUCAGAGGAACAGGGUUAGAGAAACCUCAGAGGAACAGGGUUUGAGAAACCUCAGAGGAACAGGGAUAGAGAAACCUCAGAGGAACAGGGAUAGAGAAACCUCAGAGGAACAGGGUUAGAGAAACCUCAGAGGAACAGGGUUAGAGAAACCUCAGAGGAACAGGGUUAGAGAAACCUCAGAGGAACAGGGAUAGAGAAACCUCAGAGGAACAGGGUUAGAGAAACCUCAGAGGAACAGGGAUAGAGAAACCUCAGAGGAACAGGGUUAGAGAAACCUCAGAGGAACAGGGUUAGAGGAACAGGGUUAGAGAAACCUCAGAGGAACAGGGAUAGAGAAACCUCAGAGGAACAGGGUUAGAGAAACCUCAGAGGAACAGGGUUAGAGAAACCUCAGAGGAACAGGGUUAGAGAAACCUCAGAGGAACAGGGUUAGAGAAACCUCAGAGGAACAGGGAUAGAGAAACCUCAGAGGAACAGGGUUAGAGAAACCUCAGAGGAACAGGGUUAGAGAAACAGGGUUAGAGAAACCCCAGAGGAACAGGGUUAGAGAAACAGGGAUAGAGAAACCUCAGAGGAACAGGGUUUGAGAAACCUCAGAGGAACAGGGAUAGAGAAACCUCAGAGGAACAGGGAUAGAGAAACCUCAGAGGAACAGGGUUAGAGAAACCUCAGAGGAACAGGGAUAGAGAAACCCCAGAGGAACAGGGUUAGAGAAACAAGGUUAGAGAAACCUCAGAGGAACAGGGUUAGAGAAACCUCAGAGGAACAGGGUUAGAGAAACCUCAGAGGAACAGGGUUAGAGAAACCUCAGAGGAACAGGGAUAGAGAAACCUCAGAGGAACAGGGUUAGAGGAACAGGGUUAGAGAAACCUCAGAGGAACAGGGUUAGAGAAACCUCAGAGGAACAGGGUUAGAGAAACCUCAGAGGAACAGGGUUAGAGAAACCUCAGAGGAACAGGGUUAGAGGAACCUCAGAGGAACAGGGAUAGAGAAACCUCAGAGGAACAGGGUUAGAGAAACCUCAGGGGAACAGGGUUAGAGAAACCUCAGAGGAACAGGGUUAGAGGAACAGGGAUAGAGAAACCUCAGAGGAACAGGGUUAGAGAAACAGGGAUAGAGAAACCCCAGAGGAACAGGGUUAGAGAAACCUCAGGGGAACAGGGUUAGAGAAACCUCAGAGGAACAGGGUUAGAGAAACCUCAGGGGAACAGGGUUAGAGAAACCUCAGAGGAACAGGGUUAGAGAAACCUCAGGGGAACAGGGUUAGAGAAACCUCAGAGGAACAGGGUUAGAGGAACAGGGAUAGAGAAACCUCAGAGGAACAGGGAUAGAGAAACCCCAGAGGAACAGGGUUAGAGAAACCUCAGAGGAACAGGGUUAGAGAAACAGGGAUAGAGAAACCCCAGAGGAACAGGGUUAGAGGAACAGGGUUAGAGAAACCUCAGAGGAACAGGGUUAGAGAAACCUCAGAGGAACAGGGUUAGAGAAACCUCAGAGGAACAGGGUUAGAGAAACCUCAGAGGAACAGGGUUAGAGAAACCUCAGAGGAACAGGGUUAGAGAAACCUCAGAGGAACAGGGUUAGAGAAACAGGGAUAGAGAAACCCCAGAGGAACAGGGUUAGAGGAACAGGGUUAGAGAAACCUCAGAGGAACAGGGUUAGAGAAACCUCAGAGGAACAGGGUUAGAGAAACCUCAGAGGAACAGGGUUAGAGAAACCUCAGAGGAACAGGGAUAGAGAAACCUCAGAGGAACAGGGUUAGAGAAACCUCAGAGGAACAGGGUUAGAGAAACCUCAGAGGAACAGGGUUAGAGAAACCUCAGAGGAACAGGGUUAGAGAAACCUCAGAGGAACAGGGUUAGAGAAACCUCAGAGGAACAGAGUUAGAGAAACCUCAGAGGAACAGGGAUGGAGAAACCCCAGAGGAACAGGGUUAGAGAAACCUCAGAGGAACAGGGAUAGAGAAACCUCAGAGGAACAGGGAUAGAGAAACCUCAGAGGAACAGGGAUAGAGAAACCUCAGAGGAACAGGGUUAGAGAAACCUCAGAGGAACAGGGUUAGAGAAACCUCAGAGGAACAGGGUUAGAGGAACAGGGUUAGAGAAACCUCAGAGGAACAGGGUUAGAGAAACCUCAGAGGAACAGGGAUAGAGAAACCUCAGAGGAACAGGGUUAGAGGAACAGGGUUAGAGAAACCUCAGAGGAACAGGGAUAGAGAAACCUCAGAGGAACAGGGUUAGAGGAAGAGGGUUAGAGAAACCUCAGAGGAACAGGGUUAGAGGAACAGGGUUAGAGAAACCUCAGAGGAACAGGGAUAGAGAAACCUCAGAGGAACAGGGUUAGAGAAACCUCAGAGGAACAGGGUUAGAGAAACCUCAGAGGAACAGGGUUAGAGAAACCUCAGAGGAACAGGGUUAGAGAAACCUCAGAGGAACAGGGUUAGAGAAACAGGGAUAGAGAAACCCCAGAGGAACAGGGUUAGAGGAACCUCAGAGGAACAGGGAUAGAGAAACCUCAGAGGAACAGGGUUAGAGAAACCUCAGAGGAACAGGGAUAGAGAAACCUCAGAGGAACAGGGUUAGAGAAACCUCAGAGGAACAGGGUUAGAGAAACCUCAGAGGAACAGGGUUAGAGAAACCUCAGAGGAACAGGGUUAGAGAAACCGCAGAGGAACAGGGUUAGAGGAACAGGGUUAGAGAAACCUCAGAGGAACAGGGUUAGAGAAACCCCAGAGGAACAGGGUUAGAGAAACAGGGUUAGAGAAACCGCAGAGGAACAGGGUUAGAGGAACAGGGAUAGAGAAACCUCAGAGGAACAGGGAUAGAGAAACCUCAGAGGAACAGGGUUAGAGGAACCCCAGAGGAACAGGGAUAGAGAAACCUCAGAGGAACAGGGUUAGAGAAACAGGGUUAGAGAAACCCCAGAGGAACAGGGAUAGAGAAACCUCAGAGGAACAGGGUUAGAGAAACCUCAGAGGAACAGGGAUAGAGAAACCCCAGAGGAACAGGGUUAGAGGAACAGGGUUAGAGGAACAGGGAUAGAGAAACCUCAGAGGAACAGGGUUUGAGAAACCUCAGAGGAACAGGGUUAGAGAAACCUCAGAGGAACAGGGAUAGAGAAACCCCAGAGGAACAGGGUUAGAGGAACAGGGUUAGAGGAACAGGGAUAGAGAAACCUCAGAGGAACAGGGUUAGAGAAACCUCAGAGGAACAGGGUUUGAGAAACCUCAGAGGAACAGGGUUAGAGAAACCUCAGAGGAACAGGGAUAGAGAAACCCCAGAGGAACAGGGUUAGAGAAACCUCAGAGGAACAGGGUUAGAGAAACCUCAGAGGAACAGGGAUAGAGAAACCUCAGAGGAACAGGGUUAGAGAAACCUCAGAGGAACAGGGAUAGAGAAACCUCAGAGGAACAGGGUUAGAGAAACCUCAGAGGAACAGGGAUAGAGAAACCUCAGAGGAACAGGGUUAGAGAAACCUCAGAGGAACAGGGUUAGAGGAACAGGGUUAGAGAAACCUCAGAGGAACAGGGUUUGAGAAACCUCAGAGGAACAGGGUUAGAAAAACCCCAGAGGAACAGGGUUAGAGGAACAGGGUUAGAGAAACCUCAGAGGAACAGGGUUAGAGAAACAGGGAUAGAGAAACCUCAGAGGAACAGGGUUAGAGAAACCUCAGAGGAACAGGGAUAGAGGAACAGGGUUAGAGAAACCUCAGAGGAACAGGGUUAGAGAAACCUCAGAGGAACAGGGUUAGAGAAACCUCAGAGGAACAGGGAUAGAGAAACCUCAGAGGAACAGGGUUAGAGAAACAGGGUUAGAGAAACCUCAGAGGAACAGGGUUAGAGAAACCUCAGAGGAACAGGGAUAGAGAAACCUCAGAGGAACAGGGAUAGAGAAACCUCAGAGGAACAGGGUUAGAGAAACCUCAGAGGAACAGGGAUAGAGAAACCUCAGAGGAACAGGGUUAGAGAAACAGGGAUGGAGAAACCUCAGAGGAACAGGGUUAGAGAAACCUCAGAGGAACAGGGAUAGAGAAACCUCAGAGGAACAGGGAUAGAGAAACCUCAGAGGAACAGGGAUAGAAAAAACCUCAGAGGAACAGGGAUAGAGAAACCUCAGAGGAACAGGGUUAGAGAAACCUCAGAGGAACAGGGUUAGAGAAACCUCAGAGGAACAGGGUUAGAGAAACCUCAGAGGAACAGGGUUAGAGAAACCUCAGAGGAACAGGGAUAGAGAAACCUCAGAGGAACAGGGAUAGAGAAACCUCCGAGGAACAGGGAUAGAGAAACCUCAGAGGAACAGGGAUAGAGAAACCUCCGAGGAACAGGGAUAGAGAAACCUCAGAGGAACAGGGAUAGAGAAACCUCCGAGGAACAGGGAUAGAGAAACCUCAGAGGAACAGGGUUAGAGAAACCUCAGAGGAACAGGGAUAGAGAAACCUCCGAGGAACAGGGAUAGAGAAACCUCAGAGGAACAGGGAUAGAGAAACCCCAGAGGAACAGGGUUAGAGAAACCUCAGAGGAACAGGGAUAGAGAAACCUCAGAGGAACAGGGAUAGAGAAACCUCAGAGGAACAGGGUUAGAGAAACCUCAGAGGAACAGGGUUAGAGAAACCUCAGAGGAACAGGGUUAGAGAAACCUCAGAGGAACAGGGAUAGAGAAACCUCAGAGGAACAGGGUUAGAGAAACCUCAGAGGAACAGGGUUAGAGAAACCUCAGAGGAACAGGGUUAGAGAAACCGCAGAGGAACAGGGUUAGAGGAACAGGGUUAGAGAAACCUCAGAGGAACAGGGUUAGAGAAACCCCAGAGGAACAGGGUUAGAGAAACAGGGUUAGAGAAACCGCAGAGGAACAGGGUUAGAGGAACAGGGAUAGAGAAACCUCAGAGGAACAGGGAUAGAGAAACCUCAGAGGAACAGGGUUAGAGGAACCCCAGAGGAACAGGGAUAGAGAAACCUCAGAGGAACAGGGUUAGAGAAACAGGGUUAGAGAAACCCCAGAGGAACAGGGAUAGAGAAACCUCAGAGGAACAGGGUUAGAGAAACCUCAGAGGAACAGGGAUAGAGAAACCCCAGAGGAACAGGGUUAGAGGAACAGGGUUAGAGGAACAGGGAUAGAGAAACCUCAGAGGAACAGGGUUUGAGAAACCUCAGAGGAACAGGGUUAGAGAAACCUCAGAGGAACAGGGAUAGAGAAACCCCAGAGGAACAGGGUUAGAGGAACAGGGUUAGAGGAACAGGGAUAGAGAAACCUCAGAGGAACAGGGUUAGAGAAACCUCAGAGGAACAGGGUUUGAGAAACCUCAGAGGAACAGGGUUAGAGAAACCUCAGAGGAACAGGGAUAGAGAAACCCCAGAGGAACAGGGUUAGAGAAACCUCAGAGGAACAGGGUUAGAGAAACCUCAGAGGAACAGGGAUAGAGAAACCUCAGAGGAACAGGGUUAGAGAAACCUCAGAGGAACAGGGAUAGAGAAACCUCAGAGGAACAGGGUUAGAGAAACCUCAGAGGAACAGGGAUAGAGAAACCUCAGAGGAACAGGGUUAGAGAAACCUCAGAGGAACAGGGUUAGAGGAACAGGGUUAGAGAAACCUCAGAGGAACAGGGUUUGAGAAACCUCAGAGGAACAGGGUUAGAGAAACCCCAGAGGAACAGGGUUAGAGGAACAGGGUUAGAGAAACCUCAGAGGAACAGGGUUAGAGAAACAGGGAUAGAGAAACCUCAGAGGAACAGGGUUAGAGAAACCUCAGAGGAACAGGGUUAGAUAAACCUCAGAGGAACAGGGUUAGAGAAACCUCAGAGGAACUAGGAUGGAGAAACCCAUUUCCAGCCAGCUAGAUCCACUGAGGUACUAUAUCACCAGAAAGAGGUGAGGUGUGACAAUCAGGACAUUUCUAUAACAAGAACCCUUGAUUUUGUUAACAAUUUCGUGACAGAGUGCCAACAGCGAUCGUUUUCUUUCCAAUACUUUAGGUGCACUUGAUUUAGCUUGCCCUCUUUAAUGGAACCAAUGGAAGCGUCCCAAUAAGUAUUUUGUUAGUUAGUUAUUUCAACCCAGGUCUCGUUUAUAUUCCAAUGUACAAUAUUUACAUUUCUUUAUCAGUUUCCCCUUCCACAGAAUGACAGAUUAUUUUCCAUCACUAUAACAUGUAAACGAUUGAACAUGUAUCUAGAUAUACAGUACUUUAUUUUCCAUUGGUUAGAAUGGAAAUUCCCAGAGACACACUUCCAAUAAGUCUACUCCCACUAUGUCUAGGGGUCCUAGCCUGUCUGAAUGGUCCAAAGCCUGUCUGAAUGGUCCAAAGCCUGUCUGAAUGGUCCAAAGCAUGUCUGAAUGGUCCAAAGCCUGUCUGAAUGGUCCAAAGCCUGUCUGAAUGGUCCAAAGCCUGUCUGAAUGGUCCAAAGCCUGUCUGAAUGGUCCUAGCCUGUCUGAAUGGUCCUAGCCUGUCUGAAUGGUCCAAAGCCUGUCUGAAUGGUCCAAAGCCUGUCUGAAUGGUCCAAAGCCUGUCUGAAUGGUCCAAAGCCUGUCUGAAUGGUCCAAAGCCUGUCUGAAUGAGUGUAUUUAACAUCAGCAGUAGGAGUAAGCUAACCAGGCGUUGGCUGCAUGUGUCCAGGAGUAUGCUAACCAGAUGGCUAACCAGAUGGCAUUACCAGAUGGCUAACCAGAUGGCUAACCAGAUGGCUAACCAGAUGGCUAACCAGAUGGCAUUACCAGGGUCACGGGCCUGUUAAUGUUGUUAAUGUUUGCUGGUCAGGGCCUGAAGUUCCUGAGCCGUCUGUACCUGGACAACAACCUCCUAGAGACGGUCCCAACAGAUCUCCCAUCAACACUACAGGAACUCAAGUUCAACGAGAACCACCUCAAAGGGAUCGAGGAGAACAGCUUCCAAGGUAACAAAACCAACAAACAAAAAAAAUCUGCCUGCUGCUAGUUACAGGACAAACACUUUCAAACUACUUUUUGGGCCAUUUCAGGCCAUAAAAUGGGUCAAACUGCAAUGCUUCAAUCCGAAAAAACUUUUAAACUGCACAAACAUAAAUAUUUGUUAGUGGAAGUGGCUGAAACCAUAACCAACACAAGGAGACAAUCUGACUUUUAUAGGAAAAUGAUUUAAUUGCUGUGUAAUUUCUGGCAGGUCUGAGUAGCCUGUUGACCUUGGAGUUGGAAGGGAAUGUCCUGAGCGAAGGGAACGUGGACCCUCUAGCUUUCAGCCCCCUCUCCCAGCUUUCCUACCUCCGUCUGGGCAGAAACCACUUCAGGACUGUCCCCCAGGGACUUCCUCCAUCUCUACUGGUGAGCUGGAUCACUUCUAUCCAAGCAUUAUAUAUAUAUAUACACACACACUACCAGUCAAAAGCUUGGACACACCUACUCAUUCAAGGGCAUUUCCUUCUUUUUACUAUUUUCUACAUUGUAGAAUAAUAGUGAAGAUAUCAAAACUAUGAAAUAACACAUAUGGAAUCAUGCAGUAACCAAAAAAAAGUGUUAAACAAAUCAAAAUAUAUUUUAUAUUUGAGAUUCUUUAAAUAGCCACCCUUUGCCUUGAUGACAGCUUUGCACACGCUUGGUGUACCUCGACACAAUCCUGUCUCGGAGCUCUACGGACAAUUCCUUCGACCUCAUGGCUUGGUUUUUGCUCUGACGUGCACUGUCAACUGUAGGACCUUAUAUAGACAGGUGUGUGCCUUUCCAAAUAAUGUCCAAUCAAUUUAAUUUACCACAGGUGGACUCCAAUCAAGUUGUAGAAACAUCUCAAGGAUGAUCAAUGGAAACAGGAUGCACCUGAGCUCAAUUUCAAGUCUCAUAGCAAAGGGUCUGAAUACUUAUGUAAAUAAGGGAUUUCUGUUUUUUUAUUUGUAAGACAAUGCUUUGUCAUUAUGGGGUAUUGUGUGUAGAUUAAAUAAAUACAAAUCAUCAUCAAUCUAUUUUAGAAUAAAGUUGUAACGUAACAAAAUGUGGAAAAAGUCAAGGGGUCUGAAUACUUUCCGAAUGCACUGAAAAUAUACACAUAUAAUAGAAUAAACGUGACUAAAAUGACUGUAGACAGCGGCAGGUGGCUUAGUGGUUAAGAGCGUUGUGCCAGUAACCGAAAGGUCGCUGGUUCUAAUCCCCGAGCCGACUAGGUGAAAAAUCUGUCGAUGUGCCCUUGAGCAAGGCACUUAACCCUAAUUGCUCAUGUAAGUCGCUCUGGAUAAGAGCGUCUGCUAAAUGACUAAAAUGUAAAUGUAAAUAAAUGCAUUUCUAUAGCUUCCGAAAUAUAUUUUACAACGGUGGGGGAGUGUCAAGAUGGAGGCGCGGUGGCUUCAGAACAGCGCCCCCUAUCAGUAAUCUAGUGUAUAUAUAAAUCAUUGGUUUCAUCCAUUUCUUUCUGUGGAUGGAAAUUCUUCGGAUAAAUCUAAGGUACAUUUCCGAGUUCCUCAAGGCUCUGUUCUUGAACCACAACAGUUCUUCUGCUACCCCUCUGCCAUUUUAGUCAUAAACACAGUGUAGAUUUUCACUGAUAAGUGGACGAUACACAGCUGUACAUUUCUAUGAAACAUAGUGAAGCAACUAAAGCAUUUUUCUUGAUAAGCCUUAUCCACAACUCACUCUCAUGCUCUGGUUAAAAGACAAUGUGCCAUGUCAGGAAGGAGUGGCUCAAACAUAACAAUUAUGGCUAACCUCAACACUCAGCCCUGCCAGACAUGGAUGCCUGCUUCACAUAACAUCCAGUACAACAUGUCAUUACAUAACAUUCAGUAUAACAUGUCAUCACAUAACAUCCUGUAGAGGAGCAAAUGGCCUCUCCAGCAAACAGUGCAUCUCCAUUGUGUAUAAAUAAAGCAGUAUAAACAAUCUUCAUUUUAUCGUUCUGUUUUCAGGAGGUUUACCUUGAGAACAACCUGAUAGAAGAGAUAUCCGACUCCGUCUUCAACCAAACCACUAACCUGAACGUGAUCUCACUGAGACACAACAGACUGGAUGAGUCCAGGAUCGCACCUCUAGCAUGGAUCGACCACAAGUAAGAAAACUAGAGGAUUUCACAAGUCUUCUUUUCAAUGCAUAUCUUACAAAGAAACUAUAGUAAAGUUAUUAGGAGUUCCACACCCCCCCUUGUCCUCAGAACAGCCUCAAUGCGUUGGGGCAUGGGCUCUACAAGGUGUCGAAAGCGUUCCACAGGGAUGCUGGCCCAUGUUGACUCCAAUGCUUCCCACAGUUGGCUGGAUGUCCUUUGGGUGGUGGACCAUUCUUGAUAAACACGGGAAACUGUUGAGCAUGGAAAAACCCAGCAGCGUUGCAGUUCUUGACACAAACCGGUGCGCCUGGCACCUACUACCAUACCCCCUUCAAAAAGGCACUUAAAUAUUUUGUCUUGCCCAUUCACCCUCUGAAUGGCACACAUACACAAUCCAUGUCUCAAUUGUCUUAAAAAUCCUUCUUUAACCUGUCUCCUCCCCAUUCAUCUACACUGAUUGAAGUGGAUUUAACAAGUGGCAUCAAUAAGGGAUCAUAGCUUUCACCUGGAUUCACCUGGUCAGUCUGUGUCAUGGAAAGAGCAGGUGUCCUUAAUGUUUUGUCCACUCAGUGUAUUUCACAUUCCUUCCUCAAAGUGUUAUUGUGUGUAGGUUUAUAUUCUCUACGUGAACUAAUGUCUUAUUUUCUUCUUCUUAUUUCUCACUCUCUUCCUUCCUUCCUCCCUUAGGAACCUGGAGUCCAUCGACCUAUCCUACAACCGUCUGUACCUGGUCCCAUCCUACCUGCCCAGAGCUCUGGUCCACCUGGUCUUAGUAGGGAACCAGAUCGAGAGGAUCCCAGGUAUUUACCAUCCAGGACCACUUUGGAACAAUUUUUAAUUCAGACUUUUAAGCGCUAUCUUCUGGGUAUACAAUGUACAAUCUUGCUGUGUAUGUUUUUUUUACCCAGUUAAAUUAAUUUCAAUUGAAUUCAGGGUUUGUGUUUGCCCACAUGGAGCCGGGCAUCGAGUACCUGUACCUGUCCUAUAACAGGCUGGAUGGGGACGGGGUUGAGCCAGAGUCCUUCUUCGGUACCUACACCUCCAUGACAGAGCUGUGUUUAGACCACAACCAGCUGAUCACGGUUCCCCCUGGUAUCAACGAGAUGAGCACUCUGCACUUCCUCCGCCUCAAUGACAAUAAAAUAAGGUACUGUACACGCCGUCUGCGUCCCAAUAUGGCAUCCUAUACCCUACAUAGUGCACUGCUUUUGACCAGGGAUGUAAGGGGCCCAUUUGGGAAGCAAUCGCUGACUCAUUAGGCUAACUAUUCACUGCUGUUAUUCGUUAUGACCAUACUCAACCGCGCUUUGAAAAGACAAAAACACAUGACAAGCUUAUUGGUGUGGUCCUCUGUAGCUCAGCUGGUAGAGCACGGCGCUUGUAACGCCAAGGUAGUGGGUUCGACCCCCGGGACCACCCAUACACACAAAUGUAUGCACACAUGACUGUAAGUCGCUUUGGAUAAAAGCGUCUGCUAAAUGGCAUAUUAUAUUAUUAUUAUUCAGUUCAAGAGUAUUGACUGCUUGCCAGUCCAGAAUAUAGAGUAUACAUAAUCACUUCAAAUCAAAGUUUAUUUGUCACAUGCAAAUCGAAUCAAAUGUAUUUGUCACAUGCACCGAAUACAACGUGUAGACCUUACCGUGAAAUGCUUACUUACGAGCCCUUUCCAAACAAUGCAGAGUUAAAAAGUAAGAAAAAUUUGCUAAAAUAAAAAAAAGGAAAUAGUAACACAAUAAAAUAAGAAUAAUGAAGCUAGGAGUAGCGGUACUGAGUCAAUGUGCAGGGCUACCAGGUAGUAAUGAGACUACAUUACCUUCGGAAAGUAUUGAGACCCCUUGACUUUUUCCACAUUUUGUUACGUUACAGCCUUAUUCUAAAAUUGAUUACAUUAUUUUUUCCCCCUAAUCAAUCUACACACAAUACCCCAUAAUGACAAAGCAAAAACAGGUUUUUAGAAACGUUUGCUAAUUUAUAAAAAGUAAAAACAGGGAGUACAGGAGGGGACUGAGCACGCACCCCUGAGGGGCCCCCGUGUUGAGGACCAGCGUGGCGGAUGUGUUGUUGCCUACCCUUACCACCUGGGGGCGGCCCGUCAGGAAGAUCUAGUUGCACAGAAUACGACAGGUGUCAAAGGUACGAAAAGAAUAUCCAGAAUAGGAUGAUGUAUGAUUCAUGAUGUAUAACCAAUCAUUUCUCUACAUCCUACAGGACGUUUGCAGAGGAUGCUAUCUGUGACCCUCAGAACAACGAGGAGUCCCACAUAGUGACCCUGCGCCUGGAGAACAACCUCAUCGACCCCAGGAAGAUCUCCCCCGCCGCCUUCUCCUGCGUACGCUCCUACUCCAGC